CUAACUGCAGGGUGUGGUGUGAUGUGAUGGGGGAGACAUGCGGAAGUCAGUGGAGAUGAAGCCUCCCCCCGAUACGCUGUGUGGCCAAUACGUGCUGUUUGUCAGGUUCGCAAUGUCGCUGCUAGGGGGAGGAGGUACCAGUCUAACUGCGGCAGACAGACAGACUUCCUCAGAACAGGGGGCUGUGCCGGAGACGGUGACACUGCGCUCAGGGAGGGGCUGUAAUCUGUCGACACACGGUCAACUGGAAUAAUUCGCGAGUCCUCCACACGCGAAGGCUUGAAGCCGACUCCGGCUACAUCCGCGUUGAGGUGGAGCGAAAACAGUGAGGAACAGGCCCCUCUGUAGACAUGAAGUGUGAUAAAUGUACUAAAAAUAAAUGCACUAAAAAGCAGAAAGAUACUGAAAACGAAAGUCUGGUCAACGUCUCGAAAAGCCCCAUCAGCGACAAUGAUGAGGAAAGUGAAUUUCACAAACUAGCAAAUGCCAAAAUAUUUCUUAGUGACUGCUUGGCGUGUGAUAAUUGUGUAACAUCAGCAGAAAGUCUGCAGAUUGCCCGACAGUGUCAGGAGGAGUUUCUCUCCGUCCUCAGCCUGAACCAGAGAUGUGAUGUGUUCAAACACAAAGUGCUGGUAGUUUCAAUUUCCCCUCAGUCGGUGCCGUAUUUUGCUGCUAAACAUUGUAUAAAUGUUACUGAUGUAAUCCAAAGACUUUCUGGAUUCUUGAAAGGCCUUGGAGUCCAUUAUGUCUUUAAUAUGACAUUGGCAGCUGACUUCAGUCUUCUCGAGAGCCAGAGAGAAUUUGUUCAGCGUUUUUACCAGAGAAGCCAAGACCAACAUGCUUUACCAAUGUUUGCCUCUGCUUGCCCAGGCUGGAUUCGCUAUGCUGAAAAAGCCCUAGGCAGCCUUGUACUUCCCCACAUCUGCACUGCUAAGUCCCCACAGCAGGUCAUGGGCUCACUGAUAAAGGACUAUUUUGCCAAAAAGCAGCAUCUCACCCCAGAUAAGAUCUUCCAUCUAGUUAUAACCCCUUGUUAUGAUAAAAAAUUGGAGGCACUUGGAGAAGACUUUUACAGCAGUAUUUACAAAAUACAAGGUGUUGACUGUGUAUUAACUUCAGGUGAGAUCAUGCAAAUGAUGGAACAAAAAGGUCUCCUUUUGACAAAGGUGGAGCCAGCACCUUUAGACAAUAUAUUUGAAGAAAUCGGUGAUGUGUGUAUUGCAAGGCAUGAUGGGAGAGGAUCUGAUGGUUUUCUCGAACACAUUUUUAAAUAUGCUGCUAAAGAAAUCUUUGGGGUCGAGGUCAAAGAAAUCACAUACAAGACACUCAGGAAUAAAGACUUUCAGGAAGUCACUUUGGAAAAGGAUGGUGAGAUUGUUUUACGAUUUGCAGCAACCUAUGGAUUCAGGAACAUUCAAAAUAUGGUUUACAAACUGAAGAAAGGGAAGUUUCCUUAUCACUUUGUUGAAGUUCUUGCAUGUCCAGGAGGAUGCCUCAAUGGAAAAGGUCAAGCGAUGACCGAGGAUAGGAAGAUGGAUAAGGACUUGCUGCACCAGAUGGAGGCUGUGUACACCAGUCAGCCUGUCCAAGUCCCAGAAACUAACAUGCAUGUCCAAAUGCUCUAUCAGGAAUGGUUGGAGGGAAGAAAUUCCACUAAAGUUCAAGAGGUCCUGCAUAGAGAGUACCACGCAAUGAGUGAAAUGUCAAAUAGCAUAGACAUGAAGUGGUAGGCCAUCUGGUUCUGGACCAUAGGAUUUUUGUAAUCCCAGUUCAGGAUUCAGAAUUUCCCCAGGGAACGUUGGUACAGUUUGUACUAAUAAAGGUGCAAUUUAAACAACAAACCUUUAGCCACUGAGAUACUAAAUGUUACACUUUUUUCUCAUGGUAAGGAAUGCAGACUUAAAAUAUGUAAUUAUCCAGGACUUUGUUCUUCAUGGAUACCUUUGGGAUAUGCUUGUCUUUGAAGCCACUUGAUGGAUGUAACCAUUCUUUGUGCUUGCUUCCAUAUGAAUAUAGCCAUGACUUGGCCAGAUUAUAAUACAUAAUUGUGUUUUCUCAAGGAGAAAUUAGGGAUCAUCAGUGAUGUAAAAAUAGUACUUUUGACAAUUCUUCAGAUGCUGUUCAUCCUUAGAAUGCCUCUUUACAGAUUAUACAAUUUCAAUGUUUUUUGUUGGGUUUUGAGAAGGGGGAGUUGUCUAGAACUGAAGGAACUAAAUUGAUGCUCAACUUUGAAACUAUGAAGAGAAAUGUGCAUACCAAAUAUUUGAUUACACCUACAAGCACUUCACAGUUGAAAACAUUCAGGACUUUAUCUGUGGUUAAGAUGUCUGUUUGUUACAAUGCAAAUCUAAGCUGGAUAACUCAGUUAUUUGUUUUCAAAUUCAGUUGGUUUAAGGUAAACUCUCUUUUUAUUUUACAGUCCUGUGUGUUCCUGUAGUAGACCUUUUUUUAAUAUAUAAUCUGUCAAUUGUAAAGAUGCAAUUCUGAAGUUUAAUACUUACUCCAUUAGCAAUAGUCUGAUGACUCAAUUGAAUGUAGUCUUCAAAUCUAUCCAACUCAUUUGAAAUGGUGCGUAUUCCAAACAGACUAGCACUUUACAUGCUAACAAGUACACUUAUUUAUAUUUAAUGGUACAAAAAUUAGUAAUGUUUCAAUUACCCUUCAUUAGAGCAGUUGAGUGACUGAAGUAAUUUCUGCUCUUUCAUGAAAGAAGUUUGCCUUUGUAAAGUGUUUUUUUUUCCCCCUGUUUUCAUUUAUUCUAAUUCAAAUGUUUCAGUUUGCCUUGAGUUUAUAAAAUGAACUAUUUCUGUUUAUGCUAUUGUUGUUCUGUUUCUAAUGCCCGUUUUAUAUGGCAGGUAUGAAAAACAAUGCUUCACUCAAUCCUGCACUACCUUCCUUGCACUUCCUAAUUCUGAUUAUUAUACCUUUUUCUAAUCAACAUACCAUCUUACCAUAACAAUCAUUAAUAUAACAUGCCAGUAAAUUGGGCAUAUCUGAAACAGAUGCAAAAAUGUUUAACAUAUAGAGGUUUACAAAAUUGAGGGACAUGGAGAGGAUAAAUAAAUAAAGUCUUUUCCCUGGCGUCGAGGAGUCUGGAACUAGAGGGUAUAGGCUUAGAGUGAGAUGGGAAAGAUAUAAAAGAGACCUAAGGGGCAACUUUUUCACGCAGAGGGAAUGAACUGUAUGGAGGUGUGUGGAAUGAACUGCCAGAGGAAGUGGUGGAGACUGGUACAACCACACCAUUUAAAAGGCAUUUGGAUGGGUUUACGAAUAGGAAGGGUUUGGAGGGAUAUGGGCCGGGUGCUGGCAGUUGGGACUAGAUUGGUUUGGGAUAUCUGGUCAGCAUGGACAGGUUGGACCAAAAGGUCUGUUUUCAUGCUGUACAUCUCUGACUCUAUAUACUACUAAAAGUAUGCAACGUUGCAAUUUGGUUUGUUGUUGAACAUUAACAAAUGCAAUAUCAAAAGAUAUCAAUGCAUUGCUUCAACCUAAAAUAUGACUUCUUUAAUGAGUCAUUUUUAAUUGAAAUGACUUGCUUCAUCCUUUUAGGAAAAUAAGACAUUUAUCUGUCCACCUAACCCCACAUUCCUAUGAAAAGAAAUUGGUGUUUUAUGUAUGCCACUGAUUUGUUACUCAUUAUAAUGAGUUUACACCCAUUAGCCUUUCACCAUAAAGUCAUUCUGUCCUUGAAACUGAGCAUUAAAACAUGGGAGUUUUGUACUGGUGCUAAUGUUAAGAAAUUGAAUCAGACACUUCAGUAUAUCAGACAUAUUUCUUUUGCAACUAAAUAUUGUAGUUGGAGCUGUAACCAUUUGUACCCCAACUCAAAUAUGACUGUGAACACUGUAACAUUCUCUAAUCUCAACUCAUGUAGGUUGUACAUGUCUUGCUGCCACGUUUAAAACUAAUGGAUUUUCAUUUGUAAAUUUUAAUUUGAAAAUUAACUGUAGUUGCAUUGUUUUAAUAUGCUUGGUAUAAGUAAACUUGUGUAAAAUAACAUGUGAAAAAUAAACACAUUCCCGCUCUAUGAUAAAGGCUCCUCACCAAGAGCUGGCUGCAGAUCUGGUAUGAGUUGACUUUCAAGAAUAUCAUGCAAUAA